AUGCUCGAGAAUGAAGCAACGAAGGAAUCAAUUUCAUCGCGAAUCGAACUUACAAAUAUGAAAUGCCUUGUAUCCGACAAAACAUUUUUGGGAUUUGAAUACUGUCGAAUCAAAUCUGUGAAUCGCACUUACAAGUAUUUUUCACUUAAAGUUAACUUUUUUAAGGUACCAGUCGAAAAUGGUUUGGUUAAUGUUGUCCUGUACAAACGAUUUAAUGAUUACAAACCAUUUCUAUACAAUGUCACUAUUGAUACCUGCAAAUUUCUAGCGUCGACGAAAAGAAACCCAUUUUUUAGUAUAUUAUAUGGCUUGUUUAGUCAGCAGUCUAAUGCAAAUCACUCAUGUCCAUAUGAUCACGAUAUAAUUGUGGAUAAGGUAACGGUUGAUUUUUUGAACCACCAUGUGACAAGAUUUAUGCCAAUUCCUUCAGGGGAUUAUGCUGUAUUUACCAAUUGGUAUGCUUAUGGAAUUCAUCGAUGCGAAGUCCGAGUAUAUGGGACGCUAUCUUAG